AUGGAAUCGCUAGGGACUCAUCAAAACGACCAUGUGGAAAUUGACAAGAAGGCCGAAGGUGAGAAUCACAAGUUAAAGGAAAUGGAGAACGAAAUUAGGUGGUUGCUUGAGAAUGAGUGCUUGGAGGAAUCCGAGUUGCUCGAGUUAAUUGAUGAUGUUCAUCGUCUGGGACUCGGUUAUAAAUUCCGAAAGCACACUGAAAAAGCCAUCCGCAGUUUACUGAUUUCAAUCCCGUCUUGGCAAGCCAACCACAAAAUCAUCCAUGAUUUGCAUGAUUGUGCUCUCUGUUUCAGGCUUGCUCGACAACUCGGCCUCAGUAUUUCAGCAGACAUAUUUGAGAGGUUCAAAGAUUCAAACGGAGAUUUCAAAGAAACGCUAGCUACAGAUAUUCGUGGAAUGUUAAGUUUGCAUGAAGCUUCUUAUCUGGGAUUUGAUGGGGAGAGUAUUUUGGAGGAGGCCAGAGAAUUUACAGGCUUCCACCUCGACAAUAUAAUGUUGAUGAGCAUGGACACGAAAAGCGCAAUUCGAGUGAGCCAUGCUUUGGAACUUCCAUUUCACUAUCGAAUGCAAAGAUUGGAAGCGAGAUGGAACAUUGAGAUGUAUGAUGGGAAGAAUGAAUUACUACACCACUUAGCCAUAAUGGAUUUCAACAUGGUGCAGUCAGUACACCAACAUGAACUGCAACAAUUGUCCAGGUGGUGGAGAGAGGUGGGCCUUGCAAAUAAACUAAGUUUUGCAAGAGACAGACUAAUGGAAAGCUUCAUGUGGACAGUUGGAAUGGUUCCUCAACCUCAGUUUGGGAAAUGUCGUGUUGGGCUAACCAAAGUGGUCAACCUAAUUACUGUUCUAGAUGAUAUCUAUGAUGUUUACGCUUCUCCUCAAGACCUUCAACACCUAACGCAUGCUGUCCACAGAUGGGAUGUCAAUUCUGUAGAUCAUCUCCCUGACUAUAUGAAAAUAUUCUUCUUGGCGCUUUACAACACGGUGAACGAAUUGGCUUAUGAUACCUUGAAGGAGCACGACCAAGUCGUGAUUUCGCAACUUAGACAAGUGUGGGCGGAUUUAUGCGACGCAUUCUUAAAAGAAGCAAAGUGGAGACACAACAACCACAUUCCCAAGUUUGAUGAGUACCUAAAUCAUGGAUGGGUUUCAUCUUCUGGGGCUGUACUGUUGACUCAUGCCUACUUCUUAGUCACUCAGAAUGUUACAGAUGAAGCUAUCAAACAUUUCAGUGCUUACGGCAACAAUUUGAUGCGUUCUCCAUGUACAAUCUUCCGGUUGGCGAAUGAUCUAAGUUCCUCUCAGGAAGAUGGAGAAAGAGGAGAAGUUGCCAAAGCAGUGUCGUGUUAUAUGAAUGAAACUGGCUCGCUCGUUGCAGAUGCUCAUGGCACGGCCAGAGGUUUUUCGAUUUGCUGGACGAAGGGCAUGGGGGUCAAUCUGAUAGCUGAGGUCGUCUCGCUAGAUGGCGUGCGUCCGACGAUGGGCUGCUGGCGUGCGAGCGGGCAAUGCGCGUGGGGCAGCAGUGGAGGCCGAAAUAAAAAUAUGGAUUCAAGGGACAAUUUUAAUGGUGAUUUCUCUCAGUUUAUCUUCAGAGUUUUGGGGGGAAAAUUUUUUAAUAAACACUCUAAGAACCACGCGCAGUGGAGGCCGAAAUAA